GUGCCAGAAUACUCGUGCCAGUUCUCGGUUUGGCACUUAGCUGCUGGAUAACACGAUGGUAGAUGAAGUAUAUAGCUAGCACAAUGGCAAGGAGUCUUUCUGAUAACCAUUCAAUCUUUACAGAAACCGCAACAACAGUGAAGUCUUCUAGCUUCACUCAUUCGUCAUUCUAUUGAAGUCAAAUAGUCAAUAAUUCUGCGAAGAAUUGGCUCUACCACCCAUACUCAAAUUCACCAUGGCUUACUUUCCUCAUUUUACCAAUGAUAUCUCUCCUCUAUUCCGGCUUCUAGAUGACUACGACUGUCAUCGCUCUAGCCGCGCGAAGAUAACACCGACAAAGAAACCCAUAUCGCUAAAAUCCGAUGUCUUCGAAACACACGAUGCUUUUCAUCUAUCUGCAGAAGUACCUGGCGUUGAAUCCAACGAUAUUCAAGUCGAGUUCUUGGACCCAACUACACUAGUGAUAAAAGGUCAUGUUAGGAGGCAUAACGGGCAGACAUUCGAGGAAGGACAAGAUCAGACCCCCGUUGCCAAGUCUUAUUUCCAGCCAACCGUGGAGGAUGAGAGUGAAGCGGAUGACGCUACGACGUCCCAAUCCUUGAAGAACUCAUCGAAGCAACAACUAGUGACGCCAAAAAAGACCCAGUCUACCUGCAGAUAUUGGGUAUCUGAGCGGUUGACCGGCGGAUUCCACCGCGUCUUUACAUUUCCAGCGAGGGUGCAACAAGAUUUGGUCGAAGCCAAUCUCAGAAAUGGUAUCUUGUCACUUUCAAUACCGAAAGAACCUGCUCCGAAGGUGAAGAAAAUCCGCAUCGAAUAGACCAUCGAGCUUGGACGUUCCAAUUCUGGACCAUGGUGUCUUCCAGGAGUCGAUACGCGCGGAAAUCCUUCGGGCACCUCGCGCGGAUGUGUGAGCCUUGACAUGAUUGCAUAGUAGGGAGUCUGGUUCUGUACUUCUUUGGGCAUGUUUAUGUCGGAUCUGCUUGAGGGUUUUUGUUGUUUUCUAUAUGCUAUAGGGUACUUUUACGAUGAGCAAUAAUCAAGCUUCUUGCAACUUAUGAUUUGAUCUU